CCCGCGCCCCCCCGGUGCCCCCGCCAUGGCCGGGCGGGACCGGGCCCGGCCCGGGGCUGAGCUCGGCGGCCUGCAGGGGGUUCACGGCCUCGGCCUGCGGCCGAACCGAAUCGAGAAGAUUGAGAACCUGGGCUGCUUUCCCAGCCUGCGACCAGCCCGUCACCUGGCGGGGGCCGCAGCGCCCACCCCUGCUGUCCCUGUGCUCCGCAGAUUCCUCUCCCUGGCUGGGAACUGCAUCCGCAAGGCGGAGAACCUGCGGCCUCUGCAACACUUGCGUUUCCUGGACCUGUCCCAGAACCAGAUCCAGACGCUGGACCCAGAUGAGCCGCCCCGCAGCCUCCGGCUCCUGGACUUAACGGGAAACGCGUGCACCCGGCAGCCCGGGUACAGAGAGCCGGUGGUGGGAGCGCUGCCCCACCUGCUGCAGCUGGACACCCGGCCCCUCCGCGGCUGCACGGACCCUGCCCCAGGCGAGGAAGAGGAGGAGGAAGGUUCUUCCAGCAGCGAGGACGACGAGGAGCUGUUCUCUGAGCCAAGUGCCCCCUUCACUGCAGACAAAGGUGCCCGGGCAGAAGCAGGACACACGGCUUGUGUGGGGGACAAGCAAGCCAGUCCCCCUGUCCCCAGGGGUGGCAGCAGGGGCAGGGGGCUCGGGUGGCCGCGCCAGGCCCCCCUGUGAUUCUCCCCCCUCCC